AUGGUCAAAAAGCCCAGGUGUAUAUUAGUCAAGUGCAAAUAUCAUUGCAGCCUAUUGCCUAAAAGCUACCAACAUGUGUUUGCCUUUGUGUUUGCCAUGAAUGAGGUCAACAAGAAUGCUAACCUCUUACCCAAUAGCACACUGGGGUUCAAGAUCUGUGACAAUGCUAACAAUGCCAUUGGGGCACACUUUGGCAUUAUGAAUCUCCUUUUCAAAGAACAAGGGAAUCCUAUCAAUUACCACUGUGGCAGGAGGAAGAAGGUAAUGGCCAUCAUUGGAGGACUCAUCUCCCAAAACUCCAUGCAGAUGACCCAUAUCCUAAAUGUCUACAAGUUUCCACAGUUCAGUUAUGGCUCUUCUGACCUUGCACUGAGUGAUAAAACUUGGUUCCCUUACCUCUACCGGAUGGUCCCAAAUGAAAACCCUCAAUAUGAUGGGAUUGUUGGCCUACUUCAACAUUUUAAAUGGACGUGGAUUGGCCUCAUUGUUUCAGAUGAUGACAGAGGAGAAAUCUUCUUGCGAACUCUUGCACCUAGACUCCUUCAGAACAAUAUCUGUACAGCUUUUGAAGAAGUUAUUCCAGUACUGAACACCUACUGGAGAGAAAAUGUCCUCCUUAACAAAAAAUUGAGUGAAAUAGGUGUCACUCUUUCAUCAACCCAAAGCAAUGUGAUUCUUGUUCAUGGAGAUUUACGGUCUAUGGAGGGCUUGCGACUUGCCCUGUUGGUAAAGGAAUUUGAUGAAAUGAAGCCAAUAGAGCGGGUUUGGAUUAUUACAGUUCAGUGGGAUUUUUCGGCAGUAAUCGAAUGGGAUUCAUUCACACCAAAAGCCUUCAAUGGCACCCUGUCCUUUGCAUUCCAUACAAAUGUUGUGGCAGGAUAUGAAGAUUUCCUUGAGACAAUAAAUCCUUAUCAAUCUAGACUUUAUUUCAUCCGUCAGUUCUGGAUCAAUGCAUUCAUGUGUUUAUUUCUACCAUAUAGCCAGCAUAUACCUGACAUAAAAAUCUGUACUGGGAAAGAGAAACUGAGUAGCCUCCCUGGCUAUAUUUAUGAAAUGGGAAUGUCAGGUCAGAGCUACAGUAUCUACAAUACUGUUUAUGCUAUAGCACAUGCUCUCCAUGCCAUGUUAUCCUCAAGAUCAAAGCUGAAAGCAGUGGCAGAUGGAGGAUGGAGCACACAUCUCCUAAAUGUCCACCCAUGGCAACUUCACAACUUUCUGAAAAACAUCCGAUUCAACAAUAGUGCUGGAGAAGAAAUCUAUAUUGAUGAAAAUGGGGAGUUCACACCUGGAUAUGAUAUCAUCAACACAAUCACAUUCUCCAAUAAGUCCCUCCACAGGAUCCAUGUUGGCAGGCUGGACCUUUGGGCUCCUGAUGACAAAGAGUUCACCAUAAAUGGAAGUGCCAUUGUGUGGAAUCACAAAUUUAAUCAGGUGCUUCCUCAAUCCAGAUGUGUUGAGAGUUGCCUUCCUGGACACACUAGGAUCAUUCAUGAGGGGAAGAAAGUGUGUUGCUAUGAUUGUGUUCCUUGUUCCAAAGGGAGAAUUUCAGUCCAGAUGGAUGCAGAAAAUUGCCACAAGUGCCCAGAGGAUCAGUAUCCAAACAUGAACAAGGAUCGCUGCAUCUCCAAACACACAGUCUAUCUAUCCUAUGAAGAAUCUCUGGGAAUCAUUCUAGCUUCCUUUGCUCUGUUCUUCUCUCUGACCACUCUUUUAGUGAUGUGGAGCUUCAAUCGUCACCGGAAUACUCCCAUAAUCAAAGCUAACAACUGGACCAUCACAUGUAUCCUGCUCUCCUCUCUGCUACUUUGCUUUCAAUGUCCUUUUCUAUUCAUUGGAAAACCAGGGAAGGUUUCCUGCCUUCUCCGGCAAACAUUGUUUGCUAUCACUUUCUCUGUGGCUGUUUCUUCUGUGUUGGCUAAAACCAUCACUGUGAUUGUGGCCUUCCUGGCCACAAAGCCGGGAAACAGAAUGAGGAAAUGGGUGGGGAAGAGGCUGACACUGUCAGUUGUCAUUUUUUGUUCACUCAUUCAGGCUGUCAAUUGUACUGUGUGGCUGGUCACCUCUCCUCCAUUCCCUGAGUUUGACAUGCACUCCCAGGUCAGUCAGAUCAUUGCGCAAUGCAAUGAAGGCUCAGUCUUCAUGUUCUAUGUUGUUUUGGGCUACAUGGCCUUUUUGGCAAUCACCAGCUUCACUGUAGCUUUCCUGGCCAGGAAGUUGCCUGAUAGCUUCAAUGAAGCCAAGCUGAUCACCUUCAGCAUGUUGAUGUUUUGCAGCAUUUGGGUAACGUUUGUGCCAACCUAUCCGAGCACUAAUGGGAAAUACAUGGUUGCUGUGGAGAUUUUCUCCAUCUUGGUGUCUAGUGCUGGAUUGUUGGGCUGUAUCUUCCUCCCCAAAUUAUACAUAAUUUUACUAAGGCCUGAGUUAAACACCAGGGAGCAAGUAAUUUCUGUGGCCUCUAUUGAUGACAGUGUAACUGUCAAUGUUUGGGGCCAUGCACGGUUACUGUGUUGUGGGCCUCUUUAG